CAUGGAGUCAAAGCUACAACUUUAAUAUUUGUACCAAUGCAGAAAUGUAACGUUUUACGUUAUUCUCCGUUCUACAGUCGCGUCCAAUAAUCGUUUUUUGCUUGUACAAAUUGUGAAUACCCAGGAAAGGAGAUCAUCUCGACGUGUUUAGCGUUAAUAAAAGCCUAUUGCUCGAAAUUGCAGCUUGCUCCGCGAGUUGAUCGAAAUCGUCAGGCUUGAAAGCGAAAUCUGCUUUCGGUUUUCCCUCAUUCGAGGAUAUUUUGGGCUGUAUUUUCUCGAAUGUGGCCAGGGCUCGGCUCCUGUCAUCUCCUCGCAGGAGCUCAGAUAGCGGUCGGUAUGGCUUGUUUUCGGAUGAGGGAUGUAACCCGCGAGGAUUUGGCGAUGUGGGAUGAAGCGGAAUAAAGAAAAGUGAUCCGCUCAAACCGAAGGAAAGCGGGUGCUUUCUGCCUAUGGAUUACACAUUGCAGAUUUUCCGCACAUAAAAGUGGAUUUUACUGGAAUACGUGUACAGAAUCGCAGAAGAUAUCGCUUUGUCACGCUGGCUUAUUUUCCCUGAGGAAUAGUGGUGUAUUCCUCCCCAACCCCCCCAGCGCCACAAACACUAAACAAAAGUACUAUAAGUCACGUAUAUGACGGUUCAUGUCAUGAAGGAAAUAAAUAAAAAUUGCUAGGGUCGAAGAGAAUGUCAUCAGAGGAGAAAAGUCUAGACCCCUCUGACAAAGGACCCUCGCCACCUCCUAGCAGCUCUGGGGCCACUCCCACUGGAAGUCCGGCCCCCACAGAUAAGCGGCCCCGGGGCCGCCCUCGCAAGGACGUGUUAUCCACAGCAACACCGCUUCAGUCUGUGCCCAGACAGAGAAAGAAGAAUCGGGGGCGAGGGAAAGCUCUGGUGGAGGAUGAAGACAGCACAGAUGGAAUGGAGACUGCAGAAACAGGAAGCACACAGGAGACAGUCACUAAAGGGGAGCAGGAGGAGACGGCGGACGCCUCUGCCGUGGCAGUUUCAGCAGAGGGGGAGGAAGAGGAGCAGUCGUCAUCCCCUCUUCCUGCGAGCCCUGAGACGGGGGCGGCACAAACAUCAUCAGCCUCUGGAGAAGCUAAAAGCAGCGAACAGCUCUGUGCCUUCUGUUACUGUGCUGGUCGAAGCCUGUUGGGCCAGGGGGAUCUGAAGCCAUUCAGGGUCACGCCCGGAUACGGCCCUCCACUCCCACAAUCCUCCACAGAGGAGGGCCACGACCGUGACAACAAGACUGGGGCUGCCAGCCAAUCAGGGAGGCACAGGGGCCCAGAGAGUGUCCGGGCCGAGGAAGGAGGAGGCAGAUUCUGGGAGGAGCUCCGCCACGUCGGUCUGCCAGAUGGCAUUGAUGUCCAAACACUCUUUGAUGAGUCGGGUCAGUGCUGGGCUCAUCAAAGCUGCGCGUUGUGGUCAAAUGUUGUGUGUCAAGCGGAGGAUCAAUCACUGCUAAAUGUGGACAAAGCCAUCCACUCAGGGAGCACAGAGCAUUGUGCAUAUUGUAAGCGCCUUGGAGCAUCCAUCAAGUGCUGUGAGGAGGGGUGUGAUCGCUCGUACCAUUACCCCUGCGCGGGGGCCGCCGGCACCUUUCAGGACUUCAGGAGGCGCUCUGUCCUGUGCACAGAGCACAUUGAGCUGGCCGUCAGCAAAUAUGAAGAAGAGGCGAACUGUAUAUUGUGCGACAGCCCCGGGGAUCUCCUGGACCAGCUUUUUUGCACCAGCUGUGGGCUACGCUAUCACGGCAUGUGUCUGGACAUCAGCGUCACUCCUCUGAAGAGGGCAGGCUGGCAGUGCCCCGAGUGCAAAGUCUGUCAGACAUGCAAGGAGCCUGGAGAAGAUACUAAAAUGCUAGUGUGCGAUAUGUGCGACAAAGGCUAUCACACUUUCUGCUUGCAGCCGGCUAUGGACUCUAUCCCCAUCAACGGCUGGAGGUGUAAGAUCUGCCGGAUGUGUGUUCAGUGUGGCACCCGGAGCAGUGAACAAUGGCACCACAACAGCCUUUUGUGCCAAAACUGUGGCGAUCAACUGGACACCACCGUCCCCUGCUUAUGUCCCAGCGAUGUAGAUCCAGACGUCCACAAAGACCUGCUUUCUUGCCAUCAAUGCAAAAGGUGGUUCCACCCAGAGUGUGAACGACCAGGUGAAGGUCACGCACAUCCACAGUCCAAAGAUGAUCACAUAUGUUCCAUCUGUAGAAAUGCCGGCUCUGAAUCAGAUCCUGUGCGCACGGAUGCAGAAGGAAUGCAGGCGGAGAUUCAAUCACAUGUGGAUGUUGAAGAAAACGCACAGCCAGUUCCAACAAACAACGAUUCUGAGCCUGCCAAAGUUCAAGACGCAGAACCUCAUCAGCCUGUCAGCGAGAGGCAGAGUGAAGAGCAGCAAACAGAUGAAAAACAAAUGACGGAAAUUGUGGCAGACGCUAGAGGUGAUUUAGCCAAGCCAGAGUGCAGCGAGACCUCAGACCACAGCGAGGAAACUGAGCAGACUUCAGUUACAUCUCCUCAGGAGACAAAAGGUCCUGAAGAUUCAGAGCCGCAUGAGCAGAAACUGGUUUCAGCUCCAGAGACGUCCACAGUACAGCAGCUUGUGUCAUCCAUUGAAACAGAGGAGCCUCCAGAGACGUCAUCUACACUCACGGAAAACAUCUCCCAAAAUGAGGAUGACAGCAAGCCCUGCCUCGAGGAGCAGAAAACAGACCUAUCACCCACCAAAGAGCCAACUCCAGCCUGUACCUCCCAUGAGGAAGAACCCAUGGAGGUUUCCUUCACGGAGGAACCUUCCACAAUGGCUCAUGGAGUUACUGUAGAGCCUGAGGUUAGUACUGCUAAGACUACGCCAGGAGUUCAGAGCCAGGAGGAAAUGGAUGUUAUGGUGCAGCAGCGCAGCAUUAUUCCAGAGAGCUGCUUGCAGGAAAUGGACAUCACUAUGGAUGGUGAUGAGCGAUUUUUGGCCAAGCUGAGUUCACUGGUGGAGGAGAGGACGUCAUUACAGCAGCCUCCAUGCAGGCAGCCUGAGGGUUUGCCUUCACUUGGGCUUGGGGCGUCCCAGCUCCAGCUCCAGGCUGUCUCAGGACAAGCCAUCAGCAAUGUGCCUUCAUCCACCUUCAUACCAUUCACUCCAAAAAUCGGCAUGGGCAAGCCGGCUAUCUCUAAGAGGAAAUUUUCACCUGGAAGACCCAGAGUCAAGCAGGGAGCAUGGAGCGCCUUCCACAGACCGAGCUCCCUCUCAUGGUCCCUUGACCCGACUGAGGGCUGGGACGAGCCAAAGAGCAGGCAGCCCCACAGCACGGCCGCCUGGAUAAUCUGUGUGGGCCGAGGAUCUGGCUUCCCCAGCAGGAGACGGCCCAGGGGUUCAGGUGUCACGGGCCGGGGAGGACGUGGCCGGGCCAGAAUGAAGAAUGGAGUCCCUCCAAUACCUACACCAGGAAUAAACAUCAUGGAACCCAUUUGCACAUUUAAGGAAGAGGAAGAAAACGCCAUGCACAAUACAGUAGUGAUUUUCUCUAGUACAGACACGUUCACUAUGAAACAGGAUAUGUGUGUGGUUUGUGGGAGUUUUGGACAGGGUGUGGAGGGUCGACUGCUGGCCUGUGCUCAGUGUGGACAGUGUUACCACCUUUUCUGUGUCAACAUAAAGAUCACUAAGGUGGUGCUGAGUAAAGGCUGGCGGUGUUUGGAGUGUACCGUGUGUGAGGCGUGCGGUCAGGCCAGCGAUCCCGGACGCCUGCUGCUCUGUGACAAUUGUGACAUCAGCUACCACACUUACUGCUUAGACCCGCCCCUGCAGAACGUGCCCAAUGGGAGCUGGAAAUGCAAAUGGUGUGUGUCCUGUACGCAGUGCGGCGCCACGUCUGCGGGUCUGAGGUGUGAGUGGCAGAAUAAUUACACUCAGUGUGCCCCUUGCGCCAGCCUGGCAUCAUGCCCACUGUGCCAGCAGGACUACAACGAGGAGGAGAUCAUCCUGCAGUGCCGCCAGUGUGACAGGUGGAUUCAUGCCUCGUGUCAGGGAAUCCUCUCAGAGGAGGAGGUGGAGAAGAUUGCAGACACCAGCUUUGACUGCAGUCUGUGCCAAGGCCAUACCCCACUCUCUCCCGCGCCUGGAACGCCGGCCAAGUCUUGCUUGGAUUUAGUCGAGUCUGUUUUCAUGCCUCAGAGAGUCACAAAAACAAGAGAUCCUGAGCUGACGAGGACAUACACCCAGGACGGUGUUUGUCUCACAGAGUCUGGUCUGUCCCAGCUCCAGAGUCUCGCCAAUGCAGCCUCGCGGCGGAGACGCUCCAAACCCAAACUCAAGCUGAAGAUCAUAAACCAGAACAGUGUGGCCGUGCUGCAGCCGCCUCCAGACCCACCGACUGAACUCUCCAGAGACGGAAACCUCGACGACACCAAAACAGAAGGGGAGAUUGUGGACGGUGAGGGAAAGUCAGACUCCAGUCCGGAGAGAGAAGCCGCAGCAGAAGAUGACUCUAAAGACACAGAUCCCUGCAAGAAGAGGAAGAGGAAGCCCUACCGCCCUGGUAUUGGAGGAUUCAUGGUCAGACAGAGGAACCGGACAGGUCUGGGCAGAACCAAACAGGCCUUGUUCAGGAAGGACUCCACUGGCUCUGAGACCCUGCAAGGCAAAGAUGAGAGCUGGGGUGACCAAGCGCCUGACACUCCAAUCGAUGAAAAACCUCCUUUGUCUGAUUUUCCCGACAACCCUGAGGUUAAAAUACGGAAACGCUACAGGAAAAAGAAGACCAAACUGGAGGAGGCUUUCCCUGCUUACCUACAGGAGGCCUUUUUUGGGAAAGACCUGCUGGAUAAGAGCAAACAGAGCAGACAGGAAACCACACGGCUACUAGAGGAUGAGCGAGACAGGAAACAGCUCUCGGCCAAUCAGAUGAAGCCACUGUCGAACGCAUCACUCAGUGCAUCCGUGGCACUGCUGCCCAGUAAAUCAGUAGCAGCACAGAACUCUGUGGAGCCUCUAGUGGACCUGUCCGAAGAGCUGAAAUCAGACACAGAGCUGCUGGGAAUGUUUUCAGAUAACAAGCAAACAGAGGAGUCCGGUCUUGAUUUUUGCCCUUUCCAAGUUGAGUACUCUCCUUCACCAUUUGGUCUGGACAUUGCUCAUUUAACAGAAGAUGCAUCUGUUUCAUCUCAAACUCAUCUAGGCCGAACUCACCCACAUCAGGUGCCCGAGGAGCCACUGGAUGGCAUCCUCAGCCCCGAACUGGACAAGAUGGUCACUGAUGAAUCAAUUCUCAGCAAACUCUACAAAAUGCCAGAGCUUGGUGGGAAGGAUGUGGAGGAUCUCUUCACAGCUGUCCUGAGCCCCAGCACCAGCCAACCUCCUCAGAUGCCUCAACAGAUCCAGGGAGCUCAAACCCUGCAAGGUCCCGCAGGCACUGGUUUACAUCCCUCCCAACCCAACUCAGACAACGUGGAGGGAGACUCCAUGUCCACCGCACAGAAAAGCACUCUGAAGUGGGAGAAAGAGGAAACGCUUGGAGAACUUGCCACGGUUGCACCGGUCCUGUACACUAAUGUCAACUUCCCAAACCUCAAGGAGGAAUAUCCAGACUGGUCAACACGAGUGAAACAAAUUGCAAAACUGUGGAGAAAAGCAAGUUCACAGGACCGGGCUCCAUAUGUGCAAAAGGCCAGAGAUAACAGGGCAGCCCUGCGCAUGAACAAAGUUCAAAUGUCCAACGAGACCAUUAAGAGGCAGCCGCCUCAGCCACAGCAGCCUUUAGAAGUGUUUGAUCCUGCUAUUCCACCACUGGACCCAGAAUUACUGUUCAACGAUCCACUGAAGCACAAGGAAUCAGAGCAUGAACAAGAAUGGAAGUAUAGACAGCAAAUGAGACAGAAAAGUAAGCAGCAAGCUAGGAUUGAAGCUACACAGAAACUUGAGCAGGUGAAGAGUGAACAACUUCAACAGCAGCAGCAGCAACCGCUCCCGUCAAUCAGCCAAUCUGAGCAUGACUCUUCCAGUAACCUGCAGAGUCCAGUGUCUGUGCAUUCCAACAAUGGGAACAUGUCUCCCAAGCAGCCCAUUUCAAAAAAUGAGGUUUCAAAGUCACAGCUGCCCGGCACGCCUACAUCGUGUUCCCCAGAUGACGUCUUUUUGCGCCCUCAUCCACCACCCCCAUCUUCAGGAUCUCAGCCACAGAGCCCUCAGAUGUUCUCCCCAAGCUCCUCUGGCUCUAGACCAUCCUCACCCUGGGAUCCCUACACCAAAAUGGUAGGCACACCCAGACCACCAACUACUGGGCAGGGAAAUCCACGCCAUAACUCAGAAUCAGGGAAAUCUCCCAGAGGUCUUUCAGAGCCAAUUGGCUCUCCAACAGCCAUAUGUAAUGACCCCUAUGCCAAGCCCCCAGACACCCCAAGGCCAGCAGGAGCUCCAGACCCUUUUCUCAAACCUAUGUGCCCUCCCAGAGCUAGUCAGACUUUGGAAGGGAGGCAUCUUAUUGGCUCCCCAGGCCAUGAUCCAUUCUCUAGGGUGUCUGUGAGAAAGGAAGCCUACCAGAGGAUGCCUCAGGGCAGGAUGAUACUCUCAGACCCAUAUGCUCGUCCUUUACUCACACCUAUCCCAGGCAGCAAUGAAUCAGGGUCCGUCCAGGUCUUUAAAACCCCUAUGCCACCCCCUCAGACUCAGGAACAAUAUGCAGGUAUGCUUGCCCGGAGAGCAAGUGGGGAUCCCUUCGAAAGACCAAUGAUGACCCCUCGGUCCUCUGAGGGAUUCUCCCAGAAUCAACAGAAUGAUCCUUAUGCGCAGCCUCCGCUCACUCCUCGUCCUGCAGUUAGUGAUGGCUAUGCAAAUCAAAGGGUUCCACGACAGCCCCAAACCCUCCCUUUUUCUCAGCCUGGGCCAAUGACACGCCAGACUUCCUGUAAUCCAUAUGCUCGAGCCCCCUCCACCCCUCGGCCAGACUAUUCCCAGUGUGAUCCCUAUGGACAACAACCUGCUACACCAAGACCUUCAAGUGACCCUUUUACCCAGUCUCCAUUUUCUAACCCAUACGCUAGAAUGCCAGGCACACCUAGACCACAUGACCCUGAACCCUACUCUCAGCAGCCUGUAUCUCGCCAUCCGGUCAUGAUGAAUCAGCCCUCUCAACAGUCUCAGCAGCAGACUCAAAACUGCAUAAUGUCCCCUAUGUCAAUGGACCCUUACGCACAACCCCCUGGUACCCCACGCUCAGGAAUACCAGACCGGUUCCCCAAGUCUCCAAGUCACCAAAGGACUCCUGAUCCUUUUAUUCAACCUCCCGGACUGCCACGCACUGUUGGGCCCGAUCCUCAUGCACAGUCAGUGGGAAGGUCCCAGUCAUUACCUAAUGAUUCAUGUGCACAUCCCUUACGAACACCUCAUCCUAGAGGCGUCGGACAGGGCUUGGGACCUGGGCCCAUGUCUAAUCAAGAUCCAUUCUCUCCUCCUCAAGUCUUGAUGCAAGACACAUUUGCCAGUCCAACAAAACAUGGACCUCAGCCCCUCAAACAUCUGGGCAUGACAGACGAAACCGGAUCUCAGCUGCUAUCCAGUCGACCCAAUCAAACUCUCAUCCAUGACCCUUUUGAGCAGGCCCCCAUGCUUCCACAUCCUCAGUGUGGAGAAAACAAAGAGCAUCAAGGUUUGGUACAGAGUAUCAGUUCCCACCCCAUGGGCCAGCCCAGCUCUGAAGCUCAAACGGUACCUCUUGCAGAAGCUGAGGAAAGACUCAGACAGCGUCAGCGUAUUCGAGAGUUGAUCCUCAAACAGCAACAGCAGAAAAGUGCCAUACGUCAAGAUAAGGGUGUACAGGAUCAUCCUCUGACCAUGCCUCCAGGAACCCCUCAGCGCUGGAAUCAGGAGUCUACAGGCCAACAGAGUGAAAUGUUUAAUCGCCCGCCACCACCAUAUCCUGGUUCCGGAGCUGUAAGAGCCCCUCAGAGAUUCCAUGGGCCAUUCCCAGGAGAUCAGCAGGGGCAUUUCCCUGAAGGCCAGUUUCCUAGACCACAGUUUCCUGGGGAUGCUGACUCAAAUAUAAGGCAGCUUGGGCCAAGGAUGCCCAUCACUCCUAAUGUCCAAGGUCCUCUGGGAGCUCCAAGGCCUCAUCAGAUGCAGGACCCAAUAAUUGAAACUCAUCCACAGAUGAGAAGAUCCAUAUCUAUGGAUUUGGGAAAAUCAGUAGGAGGCAACCCUCUAGUAACCUUACAUUUGCCUCCUAGUGGCAUGCACGUGCAACAGCACAACAUCAUGGGGCAGCCCUUCAUAGAACUGAGACACAGAGUGCCAGAUAGCAGACUGCGGCUUCCCUUUGGAACUCCUACUAUGCAGGGAAAUGGAAUGGAAUCGCCCUCACAGCAACGACCCCCAGGUUUCAUGGGUGGCCAAGAAAUGGGAUUCCCCUUCAAUCAGAUUCCAAAACCAAUGGACACAACAAUGAAUCAGUCUCAGGUAGCUAAUACGCAGAUGCAGGCAUCGCUCAGCUUGGGGAAUUUACAGCAGGCCAAUAUUCCGUUGAGAGCUGGACAUCCACAUAUCCCCCUGACAAGGUCUAUAAGCCAACCUGCUUCCAACGAGACUCUCAGUGCUCCCUUACUCACAAGUAUUGCUGCUACAUCUGCUGUACAAAACAAUGAGGUCCCUUUAUCCACAAAUGAAGUACCUGAGGAGAAAAUCGAUACUGAUGAAUCUGCUGUGAAGGACCUUGAAGAUGUUGAGGUGAAGGACCUUGUCGAUGCCGAUUUAGAGAACCUAAAUCUCGAUCCAGAUGAUGGAAAGGACUUGGAUCUUGAAACAAAUGACCUGCAUCUAGAUGACUUCUUAACGUCUGGGAAAUUUGAUAUAAUUGCUUAUGCUGAUGCUGAUUUAGAUCUUAGCGAGGACCUGGAUCUCAGUGAUCCAAUAGAAGACCACACUGAGACGUCUGAUUUCCAAAAGACAAAAGCAGAGAAAAAGACUGAUAGUUUUGAUGGCACAUCAUCAUCAUGUUCUACAUCGACAGCGAAGGAAGUGGUCAAUACUGCUCAAUCUCAAGGUCACAUCAGUCAAGACGUUCCCCAGGAUCAGGUGCUGGUUUCCUUGAAAACAGAAGAGGAUAGCAAAAAUGGAAUUAAAGAUUGCUUGUCCCAAGACACCUCUUGUAAGAAUCAGGUAAAUGAUAGUGCUGCCAUUAAUCAAACUGGCUUUGAAAAUGAUAUUGAUGCCAGUUUACAGGUUCCAAAGUCUGGAAUUCACCCCGAUGCUACUCCAGUGCUUUCAAGCAUGCUGGUCAAUGUACCACUAGAAGGUGAAUCACAGAAGCAGGAACACUGUGGACAGUCAGCGGCACAAAGCAACCCUCUAAAUCAGGAAGCUACCAUGUCACUCAGUAGCACUAUGUUGGGGCAAGGAAACUUCUCAGUGCAGGGGAUGGAUACUGGCCUCAGUAUUGACCAGUCUUUGGUGUUUUCUCAUGGUGAAAGUGCAUUAGAAGUCCCAGGCUCCAUUCAGGAACAGCAACAAAGCCAUAUUUUUGGUAUUGAUCAAAAGGAUGCUGUACUCUCAGGGGAACAACACAGUAUUCUUACUCAACAGGCGAUGCUGUCACAGGAAGGCCAUCAGAACAGACCACUGCUUCUGGAAGAGCAGCCACUUCUUCUCCAAGACCUCCUGGAUCAGGAGAGACAGGAGCAGCAGCAGCAUAAGCAAAUGCAAGCUAUUAUAAGACAGCGUUCCAGCGAGUCAUUCUUCCCUAACAUAGAUUUUGAUGCUAUCACAGACCCUAUAAUGAAGGCAAAGAUGGUUGCAUUGAAAGGAAUCAAUAAAAUGAUGGUCCAGAACAACAUGGGAAUGUCUCCUAUGGUGACGAACAAUGUCCAGACAGAGCAGGCGGUACCAGGCCCUGAUGGAGGUAUAACUCCAAUGCAGUUGGCUGGACAGGAUGACAAACUUACUCCUCACAUGGCACGACCCAAUCCCCCAAAUUUUGGGACAGGAUUUGCCCGUGACGCACAGAAGGUUCAGUAUGAGGACUGGCUCAGGGAAACCCAGCAGCUGCUUCAGAUGCAGCAGAAGUAUUUGGAGGAGCAGAUUGGGGCCCACAGAAAGUCAAAAAAGGCCCUGUCAGCCAAGCAGAGAACUGCCAAGAAAGCAGGACGAGAGUUUCCUGAUGAGGAUGCAGAGCAGCUGAAACAUGUGACAGAACAGCAGGGUGUGGUGCAGAAACAGCUGGAACAGAUUCGCAAACAGCAGAAGGAGCAUGCAGAGCUGAUAGAGGAGUACAGGGUUAAACAGCAGCAACAAGGUGGCAUGCAGCCCGCAAUGAUGCAUGGAAUGCCACCAAUGCAGCCUCAUGCUGGUAUGAUGCCAGUUGGGCCCCCAGUGAACCAACCUAUGAUGGGUCCAAUGAUGCCCAUUCGUCUCCAUCCUAGCCAACCAGAUGCAGCUAAUGUGAGCAACACAGCAGGUUGGCACCCUGGUGCACCUGUUCCCAGUGGAGGACCUCAGAUGCCAGGAGUAAUGCCCGCUCAAGUAGUGCAGGCACAGCCUCCGCAGCCGGCAGUGGCUAGGCCCGGUCAGGGGCAGGCGGGGGGCGUGAAUUUCGACGAUACCAACCCAUUUAGCGAAGGCUUCCAGGAACGUGAGCGUAAGGAGCGACUACGCGAGCAGCAGGAGAGGCAAAGGGUGCAGCUCAUGAAGGAGGUGGAAAGGCAGCGGGUGAAACACUGCAUGGAGCAACAGCAAGUCCCUAACUGCCAAGAUGGCACCAUGAGGGCCUUGUCCCAAAUGCCUUUUUAUAACCAGGAGCUACCGCAGGACUUCAUGCAGCCACCCAGAAUGCAGCAGAUGCAAGGUCCACCAUUUCCACAGCAGCAAGGCAUGCAACCAGGGUUCGUUGGAGGACCAUCCAGACCAAUGAUGGGUAACGGUCCAUUCCCUCAGGAAAUGGGACCGGGGUUUGUUUCUGAGAACCUAGCACCCCAUGGGCCUAACUUUGUCCAAGCACAAGCUAGAACUCAGAGAUAUCCUGGGCCAAACAUGAUGCCUCAGAAUCCAACUCAAGCGCAUCAGUUUCCAAUGGAGGGUCCCACGCCCUUGCCUCCAAACUUUCCAGGUCCCGGUCCGUCACUUAUCCAGCUGUACUCCAACAUCAUUCCAGAGGAGAAGGGCAAGAAGAAGAGGAACCGCAAGAAGAAGAAAGAUGAUGAUUGUGAGUCCCUGAGAGCUCCUUCCACACCUCACUCGGACCUGACAGCCCCGUUAACACCCUGCGUGUCAGAUACAUCAUCCACACCGACAAGGAACCCAAUGGUCUUCGGCGACCAUGAGUUCUGCGAGACGUCCCAGCCUGGAUCGUCUACACCAGGCUCCAUGAGCAGCCAGCCCCACUCUGAGCUGGAGCGCCAGCUCUCUGAAGGCAGCUGUGGUGGAGGGCCAGAGAUGGCCAUGACCCAACAGGAGAUGCAUGACAGGAUCCUGUCCAACAUCAAAUUGGAGAAGGUGGAGGCGAAUGACUGCCACGGGCAUAAGGGAAUGGAGAUGGAAAUGGAAAUGGGACUAGGCAUGGUCAAGGUAGAGGGAGAGAGGGAAGGAAUGCUGCCUCAUCCUGCGAGCCAAAGUCCAGCCAACAGCUUCAAAGGAGAUGCUGGGAAUGAACUCCUCAAACACCUCCUGAAGAAUAAGAGGACUCUACCUCCUGCACUGCCCCACCAGAGGUCUGAAGACCGUUUGAGGUCAGAGGAAGAGGGAUCCACAGACUACAAAGCAUUUCUACGACAGAGCUCCAUGGACAGCACUGGGACAUUUUCGGAUUCAAACCACCCUGAUUUCCCUGGACCAUUACUUCCAGAGGACAAGAAGAAACAGAGGAACAAGAGGGCACCCAAGAAUGGAGACAGACCCACUCCCCGCUGUAAAAAGCGGAAGAAAGAAGGGGACGAGAAUCAAGCAGUGUAUUCCUCUACUGAGCCAGUGAUGACCCAGUUAAAACAGCAGCUUUCUCUCUUGCCCCUAAUGGAGCCUCUGGUUGGGGUGAACUUUGCCCAUUUCGUGCCCUUUGGGGGCGGACAGCUGGACGGAGAGAGCCGUCUCUCGGGCACAUUUGGGAGCGCCUCAUUGGACGGUGUCUCUGACUAUUACUCCCAGCUGAUUUACAAGCAGAAUAAUUUGAGUAACCCUCCCACACCUCCUGCCUCCCUGCCCCCGACUCCUCCUCCAGUGGCGCGCCAGAAGUUGCUCAAUGGCUUUGCCACAACAGAGGAGCUUGCCAGCAAAGGUGGCAUCAUUGUUGGCCAUGAUGUCACCAAAGGGCUGCUUUCUCGACCGCUGCAGUUUAAGGCUGAGGAGGAGCUGCUGGCUCGAGCUCUGGCUCAGGGGCCCAAAACUGUGAAUGUGCCGGCCUCUCUUCCCACCCCACCUCAUAACAACCAGGAAGAGCUCAGGGGACAGGAGCACUGUGAAGACAGAGACACCCCAGACAGCUUUGUCCCGUCGUCUUCCCCAGAGAGUGUCGUUGGCAUGGAGAUCAGCCGCUAUCCUGCUCUCUCAUUGGUCAAGGAGGAGCCUCCUUCUCCAGCCCUGUCUCCAGUAAUUCCAAUGUUUCCUGUCUUUAGGGGCAAAGGCUCAGAGGUCAGGUUACGAGAGGUCAAGACGGAGCCUUCAUCAGUGUUCUUCGGCUCUCCAUUUGGAUCAGUGCAAAACGGCUCCAACACUGGACUGGUGUCCAUCGCCAUCACACUGAAGCCAGCAGCUGCCGAGAACAUCACUGACGUUGUUGCAGCCAUUGCUGACCUGAUCCGUGUGAAGAUCCCCAGCAGCUAUGAGGUCAGCAGCGGCCCGGGGGGAACUAUGGGGGCCAUCAAGACCUCGGUGGAUCCACAGCGUCUGACCUCUGCACUUCACGAGCCGAAUGGACUGCGGGCCACACAGCAAGCACCUCAGCACCUGCAGCUUCUGCACAACUAUAACAAAAGUCUUGUUGGCGGUAGAGCGCAGAAUAAGAAGAUACAGCAAAGCCCAGGACCGAAGCAACAAUGGUGUCAACACUGUAAAGUGGUAGUCCUGGGCAAUGGCGUGAGGAAAAUUAACAAAGAUGAGCAGGGCAAAGCACAGGAGUCUCAGUUAUGUUCGGAUUGUGGUUUGGUGUUCUGCAGUCAUAGCUGUCUCAUUCUGCACUCAUCAUCCUCUCAGUCCAAUGGGAACGCCGACACCAAGGCAUCUGUUGCUCUACUUCCUGAAAGUGCUUUGAAACAGAGUCCCUCUAAAGUCCAGCACCAGUACAGCAACAACAUGUCCUCACUGGAUGUCCACUGCCUGGCCCAACUCCAGCCCAAACCGUCCCCUUCCUCUCUGAAUCUUCACACGGCUUUCACCCCAGCUGAGGCGGCUCAAGCGAUCAAGAUAGAAUCCAAACCUGAAAGCAUAUCGGAGAGCCAUUUUAAAAUGAUGGUAAAGCUUAAACCACAUUCCCAGAGCCACAUGGAAGACAAACCAUGGCAUCACGGCAAAAGGUGGAAAGGCCUGUGCUGGCGAAAGUGGACGGUACACAUCACGAUGACAAAAGUUGCCACCCAAACAUCGGAGUCAGAAGUUGAGGAGCUUUUGCAGCAGCUCAACUCAUCUCUGCGGCCGUGCUCAACCACCCUCGAUCGGCGCCGCUGCUGUUUCUGCCAACAGAUAGGCGAUGGGAUGACGGAUGGCCCAGCCAGGCUGCUCAACCUGGACUUGGACACCUGGGUGCACCUCAACUGCGCCCUCUGGUCCUCCGAGGUCUAUGAGACGCAAGCGGGGGCCCUGAUCAAUGUGGAAUUGGCGCGUCAACGAGGGCAAACGGUGGUUUGUGUGUUCUGUCAGCGCUUGGGUGCCACCAGUGGCUGCCAUCGGCUGCGCUGCCUCAACAUCUACCACUUCACCUGUGCCCUGCAGGCCGGCUGUACGUUUUUCAAGGAUAAGACAAUGCUGUGCCACCAGCACCGGCCGCGAGGAUCUGGCACCGCCGCCGGGUUGCACUUAGAACAGCAGCUGCGCUGCUUCUCCGUGUUCCGCCGCGUGUUUGUGCAGCGCGAUGAGCUACGACAGUUAGCGGCGGCCGUACAGCAGCCUGAACGCGGCCAUACUUUCAGAGUGGGCAGUUUGCUUUUCCAUGCGAUGGGUCAGCUGCCACCUACCCUGCUGCCCACGUUUCAUUCGUCCAUAGCCAUCUUUCCACCUGGCUACGAGGCGAGCCGGCUCUACUGGAGCAUGCGGCACGGCCAGAAGCGCUGCCGGUACGUCUGCUCUGUGGAAGAGCAUGAGGGGCGUCCCGAAUUCAGCAUCCGUGUCAUUGAGCAGGGCUACGAGGAUCUGGUGCUGACCGACACCACUGCUAAAGGAGUCUGGGACAAGGUUCUUGUGCCCGUGGCUGAGAGGAGGGCUGAGACGGGCAUGCUGAGACUCUUCCCCGUCUAUCUGAAGGGAGAGGACCUGUUUGGGCUCACCAUCUCAGCAGUUACCCGCAUUGUUGAAUCGCUGCCGGGUGUGGAGGCGUGCUCGAGGUAUCGAUUCCGUUAUGGACGUAAUCCCAUGUUGGUGCUUCCACUGUCCAUCAAUCCAUCUGGUUGCGCUCGUUCUGAGUUGCAGACGUACCCCCAUCAUGAGAGGCUGAAGAUCCUCUCCGUGUGGUCCAGAGCAUCUCAUUGCAUCCAGAACUCAGCGGUGGCAGAGAGAGGAUCUUCUCACAGCAAGCACUUUGUGCACUCGAAGUCAUCUCAGUACCGCCGACUGACCAGUGACUGGAAGACAAACGUGUAUCUGGCACACUCUCACAUCCAGGGUCUUGGGCUGUUUGCAGCGCGUGACAUUGAGAAGCAGACCAUGGUGAUUGAAUACAUGGGGGAUAUUCUGCGCGCUGAGGUGGCCAUGAGGAAAGAGCUGCUGUACAAGGCUAAGAACCGCCCAGCGUACAUGUUCCGCAUCGACAGCGAGCGAGUUAUCGAUGCAACCCGGUCUGGAAGCCCUGCAAGGUACAUCAAUCAUUCAUGCUCGCCGAACUGUGUGGCUGAGGUUGUGACGUUCGAGCGGGGCCACAAGAUCAUCAUCAGUGCCGCCCGCAGGAUUGAGAGGGGAGAAGAGCUCUGCUACGAUUACAAGCUCACCCCAGUUGCAGAUCAGAGCAAGAUCCCAUGUCACUGUGGAGCUGCCAACUGCCGCAAGUGGAUAAACUAAACAGGAGUGACAACAACUCCAACAACUCUGAGGUGCCAAUUUACCAGAGGAGACGUGCAAAGAAGAAACGGCCAAUCCUGGAAGUUGUUGAUCUUUUUUUUUUUUUUUUUAAAUGUGCAAGACUAAGAGGAAAACACAACGCGAGAAUUCAGCAUUGUGUGAGCCAUUCGUAUAAUUUCUUGACUUGAAAGGAAAAUGUUCCGUUAUGUGCAUGUGCCAUGAGUCUGUGUGUGUGUGUGUGUGUGUGUGUGUGUGUGUGUGUGUGUGUGU